AAAUUUAAAAAAAUUUUUAAUAGAAUCCAAGACUUAAGUCACUGUGGAAAAUGUCACAGGGUGUGGACGACACUAUUGUGUGUCUAAUGUCAAUGGGCUUUGACAUACAGGACUGCCAGGAUGCGAUCAAUUUUGGUAAAAAUACAGUGGAAUCUGCUGUUGAAUGGAUAGUUGCUGGUAAGCCAGGACUCCGCCCAAAUGCUGCAGUGGGAGAAGAGGCUGGACUGAGUCUUAAACUUAGAUCUACAACGUCCACUUUUGGUACUGAAUCUACACAGUCAUCUUACCAGAAGCCUCAUCCAAUCCCAGAACCCACUUCUCAGCCUCAGUCUGAUAUCAACCAAUCAAAACCCUCGGAUGGUCAGUCCGGUGACUCUACAGCUGAUCUGAGUCAACCAGAAGUUCAUAUUGUCAGCAGAAUGCACAUGAGUGACGCUCAGAGGAAAUACAAAGAAAAUUUUGAGCAGAAAAAAAUGGAUGAAGCCAAAAAACAGGCUGUUUUAGAAAAAAGGAGACAAAAAGAGGAGCAUGCUAGGAUUCUGAAGGAGAUAGCAGAUGACAGAGAGAAGAAAAAACUUCUUCAGGCUACUCCAGGUCACUCAGAAGCUAAGAAGGUCUCCACUGAAUCAGAUGUAAAGAAAGAUGUGAAAACUGAAUCAGUGACACAGUCAUCUAGUUCUAGUGGAACUUGUCUUCUUCAGAUCAGAUUACCAGAUGGGAGAUCCUUGCGUCAUUCCUUCAGUCCUGCUUCAACAUUACAACAAGUAUGGGAGUUUACAGCUAGUCAUCAUCCAGAUAUGACUGGAUAUACCUUCAUACAGCCGUUCCCUAGACAUGAGUUUACACCAGGUGACAUGCCAUUGACGCUGACUGUGCUUAAACUGACUCCCACAGGUUCUUUAGUAUUACAGAAGAAACAAACGCCUUCAACAUCGUCAGAGUCACAUUCGUCUCAUGAACCAAUGGAAACAUUGUCAUCUCCGCCAAUGGUUGAGGUCAACAGAGAGGUUAACAGAAUUCCACCAAGUCAUGUACAUGAUGCACCUAGAGGCCACAAUUGGGGUCAUGGUAUUUCAAUGGAUAAUGAGAAUCAAAAUGCCCCUCACCAAGAGUUUGGUCAGCCAGCCCAAGAAGAGAUCAUGGAAGAAGAUGAGGAGGAGGAGCCUCAUAGGGUAGUUCCAGGAGGUAUGGGGCGUGGUAAUCCCUGGGAUGGACUCCAAAUGCCUGGUGGUAUUAUUGGACAACGUAUGCCUCCCCCACAUGGAAAUAUCAGGGGGCAAGGUCAUGACAUAUUUGGGAUGCAGAUUGGUGACCAAGGUAAUCAAGCUUUUGGAGGAGUUGGACAAAGAUUGGUUGCUAUGGGUGAUCCGAGUCAUAAUGAUGGUUACCAAAAUAGACCUGCAAGGGAACUGGCAUUGGAGAGAGCCCAGGCGCGUAUGGCUCAACCUGUGCAGGAGCCCAUGAAAACUCCAGGCACAAGUUCCGGAACAUCUUUAUCGGGAGCAAAUCAGCCUGUACAGUCACUACUGAUCCAUUGUUUAAAACAUAUCACACACAGAUUAAACGACCCUCGGCAUCAACUUCUGAGUCUGGCUGGUAUAUCUGAGGAUAUGGCACAAGUGAUUCUAGAAUUCUUGCUGAAAGAGAAACAACUUAAACCCAAGACCCUCAAUGCAUUUAUUCCAUGUUAUUUGAGAAAACUGAUUUUAGACUGUUAUCCGUAUACAACUAAUGAUUUACUUCAUUCUGUAAGGUUGCACACAAAUUUGUCACACCUCAGUCUUAGUUCCUGUCCUCUUAUAACUGAUGCUGGAAUUGACUUCCUUAAAACACUUAAGAAAUUGAAGAAACUUAAUUUGAGCUGUUGUAAACAAUUGUCAAACAAAUGUGUGAGCACUUUAUCAAGCCUACAGAAUUUGGUAUCACUAAAUGUUGAGGACACUGGACUGACAGACCAAGGUGUGAUACAGUAUUUAUCUAGUCAACCAGAACAUCUUCAGUUACUCAACUUGAACAGAACAUCAGUUACCCAUGCUAUAAUCCCUCAUCUACAAUCAUCCACCAAACAACUGAGGUCCUUAUACCUAGAGGGUACUAAAGUUGUGAGUUUAUCUGGUAUCAGAGAGUUGGAGCAGUUGGAGUGCCUCAGUGUAGCCAGGACUGGUAUAGUGACAGAAUCUUUGUACUGUCUUGCCGCUCAUCCCGGUCUCAGGUCCCUUAAUAUUGCCAAUACAGAAAAUGUAAAUGGAGAUGAGGCUCUCAGACAACUCUCAGAUUUAAAGUUACAUACAUUGGUGCUUCCGUCAAGACAUACAACAACUAAUCUGGGAAUAAAAUACAUAUCAGGUUUGUCUUUAUCAUCAUUAGAUUUAACCAACUAUAUCCUUGUGGGAGAUGAAGCUAUGGAGCAUAUCGGGAAAAUGUCAAGUUUAAAACAGUUGAUAUUGAGUAACACAAAGGUAUCUGAUGUGGGCAUGUUUUUCCUGGAAGGUUUAACGCAGCUAGAAGUUUUAAAUAUUGAUAGAACAUUAGUCACAGAUGAAGGUGCUAAAAUUAUUGGUGCAUUAACAAAUCUUGUGGAAUUGAGUCUGUCUUGUACAAAUGUAACAACGAAGUUCCUGUUGUCUGGUGUCUUAAAUAACUGUACUAACCUAGCAAAGCUGAAUCUUAGUAAAACUAUGGUCACUAAAAAAGGUGUUCUUAGUUUGUCAUUACUGUUUCUUCAAAUGAUAAAUCUGGAUGGAACAAAGGUGACCCCUGACCUUAAUAUUGAUAUGAUGCAGGAAUGUCCUAAAUUGACUCAGAUGUCAAUAAGAAAUUUAGAACCAUUCACCAGAGAUGAUGAAAUUGAGGAAGCUGACAUGGAUAUGUGACCUUCAAGUCUGACCUUGUAAUUUGAACUUGGUAUUAUCCUGACCUCUAUAUGUUGCAAAGGAGGAGAUGAGGAAAGAAGUUGACUUUUUGUAUAAUUUUAAAGCUGCAGUUAUAUGUUGAUGUGAAGGAAGGGAGACAAUUUUCAAAUGAAUAAUUUAAGCAUUGAAACAAAGAAAUACAAAUAUCACAAAAAUGAAGGGAGACUACUAUCAUAAAAAUAAAGGGAGACAAUUAUCACAAAAUAAAGGGAGACAAUUACCAAAAAAAGCAAAUGGAGACAACUAUUAUUAACAUGCAAUAAUUGUGUGUAAAUUAGCUUGUAAAUAAGAAUUAAUCAAAUGAAUCCAGUUAAAUAUUAUUAAUUAAAUUUAGAGAUUAAAUAAAUUUAAUAUCACUAAGAUUCUAUCACAGUCUACAUUUUUUUUCUUUUCUGUAAUAUAUUAUCUCGAUGUGAUUCUGAGAAGUUAUUCAAUAACUGAGCACAAUUUUUACAUUUUCUAAUCUUUUUCACUUUAUUCAAAACUGUUGUCUUUGAUUUAUUUUACUAAUAGGAUACGUCCAGGUUUAAGUAAAAAAUGGCAAUUAUUUUGUGAAAAUUUUUCUUAUAACAAGUGUCUAGUUAAGGAAUAUACAAUGCAAUGACCAUUCUUGUGUCUGUCUAGUGAAUCUGACUAUGCUAUGUUAUUCACAUUGCAUCUAAGAUCAGCAUUUCUUCUAUAAUAGUUUCCUUCUAUUAAUGUUGACAUACAUUUUUAUUCCAAUGUGCACAAGUGUCUUUUAACACAACAUUAUUCAGACUCAUUCUUUGUUACUUAUAGAACAAACAAAAGGAUGUUUUGCAAUCAUUUGUCUUUUACUUCUGUGUUGUCAAACUUUUUUGUUUUCCACACAACUUUUUUUUUUGGUUCUGUUCAUUUCCAAAGGACAAAAAUGUAUUUGAAAUAUAAACUUAAGCUUACCAGUUUUGAGUGACCUAUUACUUUUUUGGUAUCAAAUAAUUGAGGCUAAUGGUCAUUUGUGCCAACUGGCUGAUUUAGAAAUUAUGUGGAAUUACAAUUUGGUCACUUGUAGAUAAAUUGGUAAUCACUGGUUAGUUAUCCAGGAAAGUCGGGUAGGCAGUAAGAUUGUUGAGACAUAUGUUAGAUUCAGCAUAAAUCAGACAAACAAACAUGAAUUGAAUAUAUAAUAGAUACAUUUGUACUGCAUUGUCUUGAGAAAUUUAAGAAGAUAUAUAUUUUUUUUAUUUUACUUGAGGGUAUAUAUCAAAGUUAAAUGCUUUGUUUGAUUUUUUGAAAUGCUUGUAUUCAAAUAAAUUAUUUUAAACUUUCAGUUUUGCCAAAACUAUUUAUCAUUUUAUAGAAAAUUUCAAAAUAAGUACUGAAUGAAUAAUAAACAGUGCAGACCAUGAUCAGACAGCACAAAUGUGUGCACUGGUCACAUGGGUAGAUUCAAUUGCCACCAGGUGGCUAAGGGAUUGAUAUCCUUGUAUUCCUAUUCCAAUUUAAUUGAUUAAAACAAAUUUUGCCAUUUGUAUGAGCUUAAUUCAGAAACAAUUUUGUUGCAAAUCAAUAUUAAGGCACACAUUUAUCAUGUGUUAAUUGUUUAUAUCGUUAUGUUAAAGGGUUUGUUCAUACACACCAAAUUGUUGAAUAAAGUACUUAGUUUAAA